GCUUCUUCCACCUCACUGCACGUUUGCCUGUUGCUUAUAAUAACAAUACUAUGUAUAUUUUUUCUCCUUCUGUUGUAUGCCACGGUGUUUUAUAUGUGCUAAAUAUACAUAUAUAAUAAAUAAGUACAUGGAAGGGGUGUUCUCAAACGCGCGAUUGCGAACUCAUUUGGCCUUUAUCGGUCACUAUAGAUGAGGACCACCGCGGUGGCGUCUGGGUAGUUUUGGUCUGUGUUUUGAGAAAAGGGAGCACGCUAACUCGUUUACACUUCUCUGGAGAAAAAAUCUGAGAAAUUAAAAUGUUGUGGUCCGGUUCUUGUUUAGACGUGACUCUACGCUAUUUUAUCUCGUGUUAAUUUUAUUUAACGUCCCCUCAAACUAGGACUGUGUUGCUAAUUAUAUCUGACAGAAGAUGUGAAAUCAAUGAUAGCUACAUGCUAACUCAGAUGUCCUGAACGGAGAAACAGUCAAAAUACGCUCGAUCUGUUUCAUAAUGAAAAGGAAGCGGACAAUCAACGUAUAAUGUGCAACAUAAGUAAGUCCUCCAUAGAAAAAUUAUAGUUUUAGCUUUAAUUGACAAACGCGGCGCUGCUGAUAUUGAUUGACGGAGAGGAGGAGGGUAAAGAUGGAUGAGUGCGCCGAAAAUGUCGACGACGUGGUCAUCAUCGUUGAGAACGAGGCAGAGAGUCUGCCGGCCGGGGAGGAGAGGCUGAAGCAGCAAGGCGCCUUCGGCCUGAUGGACACAUGUCCCAACUGCAGACUGAGCUUCCACAACAGAGAGCCCAAGCUGCUGCCGUGCCUACACUCCUUCUGCAAGAGGUGUCUGCCCAUCCCCUGCAGGAGCGCGGACCCCCGGCGCGACCCGCACGCGCCGCUUGACGCCAACAAACCACAGAAUUCGGUUCGAUGCCCCGUGUGCAGACAAGAAUGCUGGGAGGUGGACAUAUUGGACAAUUUCUUCGUAAAGGACUCCGCUGAGGUGCCCAGCAGCACGGUGGAGAAAACCAGUCAGGUUUGUAUGAGCUGCGAUGACAACACAGAGGCGACGGGUUACUGCAUAGAGUGUGUGGAGUUUCUGUGUGUGACGUGCAUCGAGGCGCACCAAAGGGUGAAGUUCACAAGAGACCACACCAUACGACAAAAGGAGGAGAUGUCCCCAGAGGCGUUGGGAAUGUCGACUCAGAAACCCGUCUUUUGCGACGUCCACAAGCAAGAGCCGCUGAAGCUUUUUUGCGAGACUUGUGACCGACUCACCUGCCGAGACUGUCAACUGCUCAAACACAAGGAUCACAAUUACCAGUUUUUGGAAGACGCGUACAAAAACCAUAAGCAGUACCUAGAGACCAUGACGCUGCAGCUGCAAGAUAAACGAAAGGCUUUUGAGGAAGUGUCGCACUGCAUCAACAACGGACUCCAGCAGGUUGAAGAAAACCGGAGGGCGGUGACAAAUGAGAUCAAGAAGUCUAUCUGUACCCUAAUCAUGGAAAUUAACAAGAAAGGAAAGAUCCUGGUGAACCAUCUUGAGGCUCUAACGAAAGACCACGAACUCAAUUUGAAGAAGCAGCAGGACGACUUGAACUCUCUGACCAAACACUUGGACCAUGUCAUCAGCUUCACUAAGUGGGCCACAGAGAGCCACAGUGGAACCGCUCUGCUGUACUGCAAGAGACUGAUCCUUUACCAGAUCCAGUACCUCAUGAGAGCGAGCUGCAAUCCCUCCAUCGUUCCUCAGAGCUCUGUGCGCUUCCACUGCCGCUCUGGAUUCUGGGCUUCAAAUGUAGACCUCGGUUCGCUUGUUGUAGAAAGGGGUCCAGGGAGGCCGCCGAUGACCAACAACCAGACCGGUCCCAGAGCAGAGGCCCCCCUCGGAGGCCUGUCCAUGUCGCAGCAGCAGCAGCAGCAGCAGCGACAGAGCACUCUGGCACAGCUUCAGAUGCAGGUUGACAAACUCUCCCACACUCAGCCCCAGAGGCCGCCUGCUCCUAACCACUGGUCCUGGUACCAGAGCGUCAGACUCCCCGGACCUCUUGGCCCUCCACCCCCGACCAAGCCUAACCACGGGGGGUCCUCCCCCUCACAAGGCCUCUCUGGCUUCGCCCCAACAGGGCGGCGGUACGGGAACCUGCAUUCCAACCCCAGAAGCCCCACGUCGCCGCUGCUGCACAACACUGCGUUCCCAGCUGCACAGUCUCUCAGAGAUCUGAUCAACAGCAACUUCCCUCCAAAACCUGUGGAUGUCUCUCAGGGACCGUCUCGCUUCACGCACUCUCUGAGCUCUGGAAGUUCUCCGCAGAUGUCGCUGCACCAGAGAUCUCUGCCAGAGUCUCCUCUGUUAAGGAGGAGUGAAGGUGGAGGCACCAUCCCAUCCGUCUCCAUCUCUGUACCCAGACCCAGCAUGACUACGACUUUAGCCUUUGGAGCUGCAGACAAAACAAACUCACUCAGUCAAACGGCAGCUCCUCAACGGCAGGAUUAUUAUUUGGCCAAGCCGUCCUCUUCAGACAGCAGAGCGGGGUUGACUACUUGGAAACAUACUGCUGAGCCGCCAUCAGCCCCUGCAGCCAAGCGUCGAAGAAGGUCAUCCCCAGGGCCAGUUAUUGUGAUCAAGGACGAACCCGAAGAUGAAGAUGAAGUUCGCUUUGUGCAGUCCAGCGGUGGGUCGAGCCUGCCGGACAGCAGCACCGCAGCCAAAUCCAAGCCCCGGCAGCUGCACAAAGCGCCCGCCCUGGCCCCAGCUCCGGACUCCAAGGACUUACGUCCUCAGCCCCCAACGCAACAGCCGGAGUCUGAAAAGAAGGCGGAGCCAGAGGAAGACCCAAACGAGGACUGGUGCGCCGUCUGCCAGAACGGAGGAGAGCUGCUGUGCUGCGACAAGUGUCCCAAAGUUUUUCACCUGUCCUGCCACAUCCCCGCUCUGAACGAGUCCCCCAGUGGUGAGUGGUUCUGCUCUUUCUGCCGAGACCUGUUGAACCCUGAGAUGGAGUACGACUGCAACCGACAGGACAGGCCCCCCUCGGAGAAGUUCCCUCUUGUGGAAAGACGGAAGUGUGAGAGACUUCUGCUACGUCUGUUCUGCAACGACCUUAGCACCGACUUCCAGCAGCCAGCAGCUCCAUCAGAAACACGGCGGUACAAAGAGCUGGUUAAGACGCCGAUGGACUUAUCAGUCAUAAAGAAGAAGCUGGAGUUGCAGGAUGAUGGCGGUUACAUCAACCCUGAGGAGCUUGUUGCUGAUGUCAGGCUUAUAUUUUUCAACUGUGCGAAAUACUACAAGCCGACCUCGGAGAUUGGCUGCGCAGGCUUGUACCUGGAGGACUACUUUGAAGAGCAGCUAAAGCUCAUUUUCCCAGACCGGCUUUUCCCCGGAGGGAGGGAAGAACAGAUGAUUCCUCCUUUGGAGGACGAGAUUGAUGACGACGAGGAGCCGGUCAGGGAGGACACGGCAGGUUCCUCUGAAGAUAAGCCUCCAAGUCCUGAACGGACGGAAACGCCUCCAGCAGAAGAGGAGGAAUCCACAGCCUCAACCCAGAGGAAGAAGUCGGAAGAAGAGAAGUCAGAAAAGAGCGACGACGAAAAGGACAGAGCGGCGGCAGACGGGGAAGAAGGCGUUCCCGCAGAGAAGAUGAAACAGGAGGAGGCCACUGUUGAGAAACAGGUGGAAAACUGUCAAACAGCUGCGACUGAAACUGACAGGGAAGCAUCAGGCUUUCUUAAAGAGGAGAUCCCGCAGCUUCCUAUAGACGAACCUCCUGAAACCCAGGAGAACUCAGCUUCUACAGUUGAAACCGUGGAGGAGAAAGACUAAACUGGUCACUCUUAAGCAGAGGCGGAAAAAAACAUGGAUGAUUUCAGUCUUCCGCAGUCCCCUACAUUUCCUGCAAUGACCGUUUUUGCAUCACAUUAGUGUCUGUAUUUACAGCGACACUGAACCGCAGCUGCAACAUGGAGAAGAAACCCAUCAUUUAUCUUUAUGUGACUGAAAAACGCACAGAUGGAUACGUAUUUAAGUUUUAGCUUACUGUUGUACAUAAUAUGUGCUAAUUCUGCAGUUAAAAUCAGAACAAAACUGUUUUUGAUUCAGUAUUGCAUGCAAUAUUAUUACCUAUGUUAUUAGCAUUUUUUUGUGUUUAUGAAUUUUUUUAAAAAACAUUCUAGUCAUUUUUAUGGGUUUGUUUCUUUAUCGUGCUUUAUUUUGAUUGGUUUCUCUGCCCAGGAAGCACUGCAGACUGUUUUAAUGUGAAGUGCCGUAAAUACACCCACACACAAGCCGCUACAAACAGCACUUGUUCAGAUUUUAAUAACGUCUUAUCAUCGGCAGACAAUGCAGAAAAAGAUAAUCCACUUUUUCAUCUGUUUCCCAGCUUUUGUCCUUGCCCGCCCGCCCGCCAGGUCAUGUGUAAAGGCGUUUAAAAGCUGGGGAUGGUUAAAAAGAAAAGAAUCAAUGGUACAGAAAAUAUUUUUAGUGAAAAUUCGCCUGUAAAUGAACUCUUGAAAUGAUGAAAAAAGAUCCCCAGAAUUUACAAUGUUUAUAAUAAACAUGUUUGUCAUGUUUUUAUAUGUGAA